GGAUUGGCAUUGUGUAAGAAGAAAGAAGUUAAAGAGAGGAAAUUUGGGAUUUCAUAGUUAAAAGAGAGAGAGAGAGAGAGAGAAAAAAAAUUGUCAAUUUGUGUAGAGACAUAAACAAAUAUCUACGCUACGGUGACAUCAACAUCCAUAUUUAAUAAUCAAAAUUCAACCAUCCGAAAAACAGAAAACCCAACAGAUCAUAAUCAACAAUCGUUGAAAUUGUUGAAUCAAAGUGAAGUAAGAAAGAAGCAUAAUCCGAGCUGAAGAACACGCCCCCUCCCAGUUUCUCCAUUUUCAAUUUCAUCAAUAACAGUUAACAACUCUUGUAAAUUUGUUCACAUGAAUUAUCUCAUCAUCCCUUUCAUCCUUCUCUUCUCCUUCGUCCCCCUUUCAUUCCAAUCCAAGGUCUCCAUUUCUCUCUCCCCGUCCAUUCUCUCCAAAUCCGGCGAUUCUGUUCAUAUCCAAUGGUCUGGAAUCGAAUCCCCUUCCAACCUCGACUGGCUCGGAAUUUACUCUCCCCCAAAUUCAUCCCAUAAGCAUUUCGUCGGCUACCUUUUCCUUUCUUCUUCUCCCACCUGGGAAUCCGGGUAUGGAUCCGUUUCCAUCCCUUUAGUCAACCUCCGAUCCAAUUACUCUUUCAGGAUUUUCCGCUGGACGGAAUCGGAGAUCGAUGACAAGCAUCACGACCACGAUCACAACCCUCUACCUGGCACGGCGCACCUCCUCGCGGCCUCGGAUGAGCUCCGAUUCGCCCCCGGCGGUGGCCCGGAGCAGAUCCAUCUCGCUUUCACUGACCAGGAUGACGAAAUGAGAGUGAUGUUUGUGACGGAGGAUGGAUCGGAAAGGUACGUGAGAUAUGGGGAAAAGAAGGAGAAGCUUGAUCAGAUUGUUGUGGCGGGUGUUGAGAGGUAUGAGAGGGAACACAUGUGCGAUUCCCCUGCUAAUGAUAGCAUUGGCUGGAGAGAUCCUGGUUUUAUUCAUGAUGCUGUUAUGAAUAAAUUGAAGAAAGGAGCUAAGGUUUAUUAUCAGGUUGGGAGUGAUUCUAAAGGUUGGAGUAGUAUUCUAAACUUUGUGUCACGUAAUGAGGACUCGGAUGAAACAAUUGCUUUCCUUUUUGGUGAUAUGGGAGCUGCAACACCGUACACGACCUUUGUCCGAACACAGGAUGAAAGCAUAUCUACUGUUAGGUGGAUACUUCGUGACAUUGAAGCACUUGGUGACAAACCUGCAAUGGUCUCUCACAUUGGAGAUAUCAGCUAUGCAAGGGGUCACUCGUGGUUGUGGGACGUUUUCUUCAAUCAGAUUGAACCUGUGGCGUCUAAGGUUGCAUACCAUGUAUGCAUUGGCAAUCAUGAAUAUGACUGGCCUCUUCAGCCAUGGAAACCUGAGUGGGCGUACGGGAUAUACGGGAAAGACGGAGGAGGGGAGUGUGGGGUGCCAUAUAGUUUGAAGUUCAACAUGCCAGGAAACUUCUCAGAACCUACUGAAAGCCACAGCUUGCCUACUCGAAACCUUUUCUACUCUUUUAACAUGGGAUCGGUGCAUUUUGUGUACAUAUCUACAGAAACCAAUUUUCUUCAAGGAAGUAGCCAAUAUGAGUUCAUUAAGCGUGAUUUGGAGUCCGUUGAUCGGAAGAAGACACCAUUCGUAGUAGUGCAGGGGCACAGACCAAUGUAUACAACCAGCAACGAACUAAGAGAUGCGCCAUUGAGAGAGAAAAUGCUCCACCACUUGGAACCACUGUUAGUGAAAAAUAAUGUGACAUUAGCAUUAUGGGGUCAUGUCCAUAGGUAUGAGAGGUUUUGCCCACUUAAUAACUACACCUGUGGAAGUAUGGGUUUAGAUGGGGAAGAUUGGGAGGCAUUACCCGUCCAUCUCGUCAUUGGAAUGGCUGGACAAGAUUGGCAACCAAUCUGGGAGCCAAGACCAAACCACCCAGACGACCCAAUCUUCCCACAACCAAAACGGUCCAUGUACCGUGGAGGCGAAUUUGGGUACACCAGAUUGGUUGCUACAAAAGAGAAACUUACAAUCUCUUACGUUGGAAACCAUGAUGGAGAGGUGCAUGAUUCUGUCGAGAUAUUGGCUUCUGGACAAGUUCUAAAUGGUAAUGUUGGUGCAAAAUUCAUCGACAGUAGUAUUGCAAACUCGACGACAGGGAAUGCGAUGCUAGAAUUCUCAUUUUCGUGGUAUGUGAUGGGAGGAAGUAUUUUGGUUCUUGGAGCCUUCAUUGGAUACAUCAUUGGAUUUGUUUCACAUGCAAGAAAGAAUUCAAUUUCAAGAAACAACUGGACUCCUGUGAAGACUGAAGAGUUGCAAUGAAAUUAAAAAUAAAAAAAAUAAAAAUGAAGGUACAUUAAAGAUGUAAAAUGUCUUUGUAUAGUUGAAACCCUGUUUGAAUUAGGAGGGCAUCAGUGCAAUUACAGAAAGGGAGAAGACCUUUGUAAAUAGAUAUUUGAAAAUGUGUUAAUGAUUUUUGUGAAGUAAGUACGUAUUUUGAGGAA